AUGAAAAAGCCGAAAAUCAACAAAGUGAAUAUUCUUUCGUCAAUGUUAAUUAAACCGCAAGCCUGCACCACCAAUAAGGCGGAAAAAAAAACAACCAAGCCAUCAACUUCAUUGGUGCAACAACCGCCAACCAACAUCAAUAACAACAACUGGCAAACACGGGUCAUUUGGGCGAGAAUUUGGAACUGGGACCUACUGUUAGCGCAGCUGGAAGGGGACCCCGCAACAAACUAUUUAUUCGAGCCAGCUCGAAUAAUACCGACACCGCAAUUAACGGAACCCCAGCGGUCGCCGACACCACCACCACCACAGCUGCCGCUAACAACACGGGUACCGCCGCCACCACCAAAGCUGUCGCUACCACCAUCAAUUUUGCUGUCUCCUCCUCCGCCACCUCCUCCUCCGGCGGAACCUGUUGUGCCAUCGGGCCAAAAACGACCUCGCUGUCAUGACAACGCAUCGCGCUCCCCUAGCGACAAGAAAAGAAAGGGCAAGAAUUUGGCAGACGUCGUCGUAAUGGUCGAAUCCGACCUGGAGGAGGGGUACUUCCCGGAAACACCGACGCAGCAAGAUGGGUCGCUGCAUCCUAAAACACCGAGGGAACUAGCCCUUACUACAUACGGCACAUUAAAAAAUAUGGAGCCGGUGUACCGGGCUAAGCUCUUGGAUGCAAGGAACAAGACGACCGAACUACAACGGCAGCUGGAAACGGCGAAGAAGGAAGAGCGGCGGCUGGAGAAAGAAGUCGCCUAUAUAGAGGACUUCCUCAAAUUUGUUAAACCUAAAAAAUAAGUUUAUAGUUUGUAGUUUUGUACAUUUUUUUAUACUUUACUUUACUUAUUCAAUAAAAGGCAAAUAGUCAACAACAUGGAGUCUUUUUUUAUCGAG